AGCAAAACAAAAUGGAGGAAUUAGCUAAAUCGGAUGAAACAAAAAAUGGCGAUCAAGUGCAGGUCAAAGAAACGAAAGCAGAAGUGAGUGAAGUUAGCAGCCAAUCUUCCUCCACCAUUGCUACAGAAGAUGGCGGGAAAGUAAAUCUGGAUGAGAAUAAACAAAUGGAGGCGAAACCCAUUGAACUAACGCCAUCUGCAGCGGAUACCAAUUUUCCAGUGGAUGAGCUUUCUAAAAGCAGCACUGAUGGAGAAAAAUUGAACGAAAAGACAGAGGUGGAAUGUGUAAAGGAAGCAUCAAUUACUACAGUCAAAGAAAACGCUUCGGAGUGCACUUUAAAAACUGACGACAAAGAACCUUCUUCGGAAAUUGAAGGAGAUGAACAGUGCGUAAGAGAAUCCAAAGAAACAUCAUUGGACCAAGCGGUAGAAGAAUCUAAAGAAACUGUGUGCGAAAUCAGUUCUACGGUUGUUGAAGCAAGUGCACAGGAAGAACCAACUCCCACUAUGGAUCUUGCGACUGAACCUGCUACAAAUCAGGCAAUGGAAAUCGAGGAACCGGUAGAAACGGAGCAGGUUCCAGUGGCUAUUGUUUCUAUUCAAGAACAAAUCGCUACCGAACAAAAGCUCGAAACAGAGGCAGUUCAAAAGAUCAGCAAUAGCUCGUUGUCAAUGUUGUGUCAAUAUUCCGGUAGUUCCGAGUCGGAAGCGGAAGACACUGACGCAUCCAAUGUCGCGGAGAACGCAAAGGUCGUUAGUGCGUCAUCUUCUUCCUCAGACGAUAGUGAUGUUGAGGUUGUUAAAGACAGCACCAUGGCUGCCGGAGGAUAUCGUGUGCGGGAUGAUCCAAUACUGGUAAGCGAUGCUGAAACGAUGGACACAAACGCUGCUUCUUCGGAGGAUGAAAAUGACGAUCCCGUCAAGGGUCCGAUUCGUACUGCGGGUGAAAUAUUGCCCCACGAGCUGCCACCUAUCGAAGAGCUGACCAUUACCGUCCCGGAGACGGAAUGUAAACCGAUUGGCCACAUCGAUUCGAUCGUGGCACAGAUUGUACUGGUGCAGUCGGUUGCCGGUGCUGAGUUACUUAAUUUAGACACCGUCCUAUUUCUCGAGCGUGGAAAACGUGCAUUGGGCAAAAUAUUUGACGUGAUCGGACAGGUAAAUCAGCCCAUCUACUGCGUGCUGUUUAACUCGAAUCAGGAAAUAUUGACCAAAAACAUAACCACCGGGAUGGAGGUGUUUUGCGCACCCCGAACAGAGUACACAUCGUUCAUUAUUCUGUCGGAGCUGAUGCGCACGAAAGGUUCCGAUGCAAGUUGGAUGCACGAUAAUGAAAUUCCCGCCUAUCUGGCCGAACACUCGGACGAUGAGGAGGAAAGGAUGGCGAAAAGAAAUCGUAAGAAGGGUGCUGCUAAUCGGCAGCACCCACAAACGGAUGGCGAAUGUAGCGAGAUGGGUGAUGAGCCACAACAGCACCAACACUUUAAUCCUCGCCAUCCGAGUCCGUCAACAUCUAGAGGUCCAUAUUCACGGCCACCGCCUCAGGGCGGCGGCAGACAGUUUAAUCCACGCUAUCCAUCUGGUACCAGCUGGCAUCACAAUUACAAUCCACGCUUUAAUCAACCGCAUCAGCCCUAUCGGCCACGCUUUGCUCCACGCAAUCAGCAACAGUUCCAGCAGAUACCGCAUAUGCAACCGCCACCGCAAGGAGGGCUGUAUCUGAGGAACCCUUUCGCAACCCAGGGUCCGCCGAGGCCACCACCAUCCGGUUCGAAUUGA